CGUUGUGUUCUGCCAUCUAUGAGGUUUACUAGUGUUUACUCCCAGUUAGUCUUAUUAAAUCGAGUUACUCCAAAACUUAAAUUACAAUGGACGACCGUAUACUGGAUCUAACUGAAGAACAAAUAGCCAUCAAAUCUAAAUAUCCACCUAUCAACAAGAAAUAUGAAUAUCUGGAUCAUACAGCAGAUGUACAAAUACAUUCAUGGGGGGACAGUCUGGAGGAAGCUUUUGAACAAUGUGUUAUGGGUAUGUUUGGGUACAUGACAGACACUGAAACAGUACAACCGCUUGACACAGUAGAGGUGGAGUCAGAAGGUGAUGACAUGGAGUCCUUGCUUUUCCACUUUUUGGAUGACUGGUUGUACAAGUUCUGUGCAGAUCUCUUCUUCAUCCCCAGGGAAGUCAAGGUAGUUCAUAUUGACAGAGUACAUUUUAAAAUUCGCUCCAUUGGGUGGGGGGAAGAGUUUUCACUGGAUAAGCAUCCACAGGGUACUGAGGUGAAAGCCAUCACAUAUUCUGCUAUGCAGAUUCACGAUACAGAAAAGCCUGAGAUAUUUGCAAUAAUCGAUAUUUGACAUGCUCUGUGUCUGUUAGUAGAACUAAUACAGUGGUCUUUUUUUUAAAUCUUAUACAGUAAUGUGGUUAUAAUGAUUGAAAUUUCAAACUAUGUAUAUACAUAUGUGAUGAUAGCAGGUGAUUUUUUGCAAAGUAUUGUUUGAAGAAAAUAGCUAUGUAGGGGAUAUUUUCAGAUUAAUUUCCACCUUUAAUGAUGAAAUUAUUUGCGAAUGUAAUGGUCUAAUAUAUUUAUAUUUUUUAUUGAGAUUAACGUCAAAGUUCCUG